UGCGCACGCGCAUGGUCGCCCCAGGGGGAAGCGCAGGUUGCGUACGGGCCGGGCGGGUCGGCGGCCUGGUUGCCAUGGCAGCGGGGUCGCGGGCAGGCGCCAGGGAAGGCCCGGAGGCUGCAGGCGGCCAGGGCUGCCCGCGGAGCCCCAGACCCAGACGCCCGAUCUUGCAGCCCUGAGGGGCGGCCGGGCAGCGCCGCCAGCAUGUUCCUGGGCACCGGGGAACCGGCCUCGGAGACGGGAGAUGACAGUCUGUCUGCAGUCACCUUUGACUCUGACGUGGAGACGAAAGCAAAAAGGAAAGCUUUCCACAAACCUCCACCCACAUCGCCAAAGUCACCUUAUCUCUCUAAGCCGAGAAAAGUGGCCUCCUGGAGGUCCCUCAGGACAGCAGGGAGCAUGCCUCUGGGUGGCCGAGCGUCCCUGACCCCGCAGAAGCUGUGGCUGGGAACUGCAAAACCAGGAAGUCUGACCCCGGCCCUGAACUCACCCCUCACCUGGGAGCAUGCGUGGACCGGCGUCCCCAGCGGCACUCCCGACUGUCUGACAGACGCCCUCAGAGUGAAGAGGCCACAUCUCAGGCGCUCUGCCAGCAACGGUCAUGUCCCUGGGACUCCUGUCUACAGAGAGAAGGAAGACAUGUAUGACGAGAUUAUUGAGUUAAAGAAGUCAUUGCACGUGCAGAAGAGCGAUGUGGACCUAAUGAGAACGAAGCUCCGGCGCCUGGAGGAGGAAAACAGCAGGAAGGACCGGCAGAUAGAGCAGCUCCUUGAUCCCAGCCGCGGCACAGAUUUUGUUCGGACUCUGGCAGAGAAAAGGCCCGAGGCCAGUUGGGUCAUUAAUGGGCUGAAGCAGAGGAUCCUGAAGCUGGAGCAGCAGUGCAAGGAGAAAGAUGGCACCAUCAGCAAACUCCAGGCGGAUAUGAAGACCACCAACUUGGAAGAGAUGCGGAUCGCCAUGGAGACGUACUACGAGGAGGUGCAUCGUCUCCAGACCCUCUUGGCAAGUUCUGAAACCACCGGAAAGAAGUAUGAUGGCCUUUUGCCCCUGGGGGAGAAGAAGACGGGCACCAAAAGGCAGAAGAAGAUGGGCAGUGCCCUCCUGAACUUGUCCCGGAGCGUCCAGGAGCUCACGGAGGAGAACCAGAGCCUGAAGGAGGACCUGGACCGCGUGCUGAGCACCUCCCCCACCAUCUCCAAGACACAGGGUUAUGUGGAGUGGAGCAAGCCUCGGCUGCUGAGACGCAUUGUGGAGCUGGAGAAGAAACUAAGUGUGAUGGAAAGCUCAAAACCACACGCCGCAGAACCAGUCAGAUCACACCCGCCAGCCUGCCCUGCAUCCAGCUCUGUGCUGCACAGACAGCCACGAGGGGACCGCAGCAAGGACCAUGAGCGUCUCCGAGGGGCCGUGAGAGACCUGAAGGAAGAGCGGACCGCCCUGCAGGAGCAGCUGCUGCAGAGAGAUUUGGAGGUGAAGCAGCUCCUGCAGGCGAAGGCCGACCUGGAGAAGGAGCUGGAGCGCGCGAGGGAGGGCGAGGAGGAGAGGAGAGAGAGAGAGGAGGCUUUGAGAGAGGAGAUUCAGAUGCUUACCAGCAAGCUCCGAGAACUGCAAGAAAUGGAGAAAGAAGAGAAAGAGGAUUGCCCAGAAGUUCUUCAUAAGGCCCAAGAGCUCUCAGCUCCCACUCCCAGCAGCAGGCACUGCGAGCAAGACUGGCCGCCGGAGUCCAGUGAGGAGGGGCUCCCGCGGCCCCGCUCCCCCUGCUCUGACGGGAGAAGAGACGCCGCGGCCAGGGUGCUGCAGGCCCAGUGGAAGGUGUACAAGCACAAGAAAAAAAAAGCUGUUCUGGAUGAGGCGGCUGUGGUGCUUCAGGCAGCUUUCAGGGGACAUGUGGCACGGACAAAGCUCUUAGCAAGCAAAGCACAUGGCUCAGAGCCGCCCAGCAUGCCAGGCCUCCCAGACCAGGGUGUCCCCGGAGCCCAGCAUCAGGAGCCACCAGGGGGCUGCCAAACAGUCAUCUUCCCUACUGUCCUUGUGCCCCAGAGCUCUCCUGUGCCCCGUGUUCCGAGCCCCAUCGCCCAGGCCGAGGGCAGCCCUGCGCAGGAGGAGGCCAUCGUCAUCAUCCAGUCCGCUCUGCGGGCACACCUGGCCCGGGCCAGGCACAGCGCUACCGGUAAAAGAACCACCGCCGCAGCUUCUACGAAGAGGAGAUCGGCUUCAGCCACACACGGGGACGCCUCCUCCCCACCCUUCCUCGCAGCUCCUCCUGACCCCUCUCCCGCAGGGCCGCAGUCCGUGGCACCUCCACCUGGGGAUGACGUCAACUCCGAUGAUUCCGACGAUAUUGUCAUCGCCCCAUCUCUGCCCACGAAGAAGAACUUUCCAGUCUAGGUCCCCGUCACUGUCUCCAUGACGUGAUGGCAGCACUGCUGAGGAUGUAGGAGCCACGACUGGAAAGAUAAUUUGUCGUGUUAGGAGAAGAAUGAUACCUACUUAACCUCUCAACAUCUGCAUCGUCUCUCUGUGCUUUUGUUUGUGGAAGGAAACCCAAAUGCCUUUACUUUAUUCUCCGGGGAGGGCCAGCGGCUCGCAUCUCCCUCGUCUCCAGCUGCAGCUCGGAUGGUGGGUUUUCAGUGGCGACAGACACGUCUGCCGUGAGCUCGCGGACACCAGGGAGCCCUGUAGUGACAUGUUAUCUGACCACCUCGCCACCUGCCCACGACCUUGACCAUGAGGAGCUGCUAUCUGCAGCUAGCGCCAACACCACGCCUGCUCUUCCUGGUGACACCCACGACAACCAGGAUUUGCUUCGAUCUCGGCCCAGUAGGCCAGGCAGAGGCGCCCCGCUGUGCCUUAGGAAGGUGUGAGACCGGCUUCCCCCCAUCCCCACAGCAAAACACGGCAUGUCCCAAGCCAGUGAGGAGCUAAAGACACCCAGGUCCCCAAAUGAGCGUACGCCAUGCCCCACCUGCUCACACCGUCCUUUCCCGUUACCCUCGUGACCCCUGGAGCACCGCCCUCCACAGCUGCCCUUCCCAGGAAGGAGUUUGGUUGGAUUCUGUCACUGUGGAGACAAAGUCUUCUCUUUAAUUCCAAAUUAUAACCACAAAAGCAGCAUCACACUUGCUUUUGAGAACAUCAGGGUGAUGUCUGUUCCCAAACCGGCAGCAGGUGUCUCAGCCUCUGUGGGGCCACCCGGGGGAAGGAGAGGAGAGGAGGGUGAGGAGGCAGGCUCGUCGUUCCAAGGGAGAGCACAGGCUCGUGCUGGGGUGUGUUGCAUGUGGUGUCUGGGACAGUCCCCAUCACCCCAUGUGUGCGGCCUCUGCACUCCCAGCUCCACUGCUGGCCUGGGCUGGGCUGGGCAUGCAGAGCCUGGGGAGCCAGCAGCUGCGGAGGCCUGGGAGGAGCCCUUGGAGGCAGCAGCUGCAGAGGCCUAGGAAGGAGUUCCUGGGGGAAGCGCAUUGUCCAGUGCCCAUCUCUUGCUUGUGUGUGAGAUUAGCCCCUGCUGGGGCAUCAAGAGGAAGAGCCUUAGACCUGGGUGGGCCUUCAGGGGCAUCUAGACCCCUGCACAGCCCGGGCCUGGUGUCCACAUCUCCACAGCACCCCUGUGGGGACUCCUGCCGGGGCUGGCUGCUGUCUCAGGAAAGACCCAAUGUUAGCCGCUUCUUACACAGCCAAAGGCUUCUCCCAAGGCUUCUGGCCACAGGGACAGGCUAACCCCUGGGCACCUCUUCUGCAGCAUGGCGUCCUUCUGAUUCACCCAAGCUGAGCCUGGGGCGUCCUCCACAGCGGUCAGAAGGCCGAUGGCCCCAACACAGUGGCUUGUGGAAGAGAGAGAGGAGGCUCUGAAUGUCCAUCUGCCCUGUGGGAGGAGGACACAGGUGUCCCCAGUGCAGCCUGUCCUCUCCCAGUCAGUCAGGGAUGGGGCCACCCAAAGUGCAGGACCCGCCCCACCCUGCGGUUCGCAGCCUGGCUCCUGUCUCCACUUAGGUGCUGUUUCUACAGCGGGUGGAACUGAGUCAGUGGGGGUCCUGGCUGUGUAUGUCUUUUCCUUACUUGGUCUAUGGGUUGUCAAGUCCAUUUUUUUUUUUUUUCACUGAACUGGCUGGUAACUUGAUGGACUGUGUAACUGACACAGGCCCUCUGUAAACCCCUGUCUUCACCCCACCUGCCCGGGUCCACUCCCUGGGGCUCUGUCCCAGCCAUCCCUGCUUGCCAGCUCCAAACUGCAGUCCUAGGAGCCAGUCUACCUCAAAAGCCCUGAGAAAGUGAGACACCUGCAUGUUCGCUGCGGGAGACCCUCUGUUCUCUUGUGGCAGCUGCUCCCUCUUGUUAAACCAAGCUGUUUUUGCAGGACAUGCUCACUCUUGGGAACCAGUGGCCUAGAGCUUUGGGUUACGGGUAUGGAGAGGGCGUUCCUGCCUCAGGCUUGGCGGAGAAUGUUCCAUACAUAAACCACCGUGUCCUCCUUUGGUGCAGCUGGACUGCUCUGUUAAAAGCCAGCAUCUGUCUUGAAGCUCGCUGGGUAAAUGGCAAUGCAUUCUCAAGCCUGUGUCUUCAGCUGAUGCCCAGUGUCCAGUGCCGGUCACCAGUCCCCUUUGCUGGGGACAGCCCGCCCGGCUGUUCUGUGGUCCUGGAACACUGCAGUGUGGUUUUGUUCCUUGGAGACAGCACCAAGCGGAGAGGCCUCCUUGCCGGCUGCCCCAGGGCCUGGGGGCCAGGGGUUCUGGCCCUGCGGGAACUUAGGCAGGAGGGGAAGAGAAGCCCAUGGAGCCAUGGGAGGGGUGUCAUGGGUGGGGCCUAGCCAUGGGAGGGGUGAGAUGUGGGCGGGGCCCAGUCAUGGGCGGGGCCUGUCAUGGGCGGGGUGAGCUGUGGGCGGAGCCUAGUCAUGGGAGGGGUGAGCUGUGGAUGGACGGGACUGAGCCAUGGGAGGGGCAAGCCAUGGACUGGGCCAGGCUGUUGGAGCCAUGGGUGGAGUAGGCUGGGCGGAGCUGCUGGGGCUACUGGCAGGGCCUAGGAAAGUAGACAACUCCCGGGGGAGACUGGAAGUAGAGCGUGAGUCCCCAUGAAAGGGACCUCUGCCCCAGGGUUAAGUGCCAAAGCAGGUCCCGCCCACCACUUCGGGGUAGACGUUGGUGGCACGUGUUGCUCAGGGUGUCCUGAUUGUCUGGCACGUGUUGCUCAGGGUGUCCUGAUUGUCGCUGCAACGCCUCCACAUCACCUUGAACUUAAAGAACGGCAGCAAAGCUGUAUCUGCUAUCAGAGGCUGUUAGGUAGCCCAGCGUUAAACUAACAUACUCUUUCUCCAUCACAUGCUCUUUAAACAAGGAGACACAGAAAAUGUCCAUCUCCAGGGCCUGGCCCCACUGUGUUGACAGAGCCACACCUGUUGAGCCGACACUGCUGAGGCUGAAGCUGGCCCCAGUGCAGGGGGCUGGUGAGCCACAGGUGCAGCGCCCCGGAGGUGUGCUCUCCCCUAGAGUCCUGCCCCCACCUCCUCCCCGAGGCCUAUUCCUGCUGCCCUCAGACCUCAGCAGAGGCACCAGCUGGAGGGCUCCACGGACAUCCUUGGAGAUACGGGAAGCUUUCCUGGCACAGGGCACAGCUCUUAGGAGGCGUUUGUAGGACGCUGUCUCCCCAGUGUGUCCUGCUCAUCCAGGAGGGGGAGAAAGAGGAGGAGGCCCCAGGCUCAGAAGCCAGGGACAGAUGGCCGAGGAUUACCAAACUGAAUCCAGGUAGUGCCAUGACCCUGGGUGUCCCUUGGUUCACGUCACCCACCAGACACAGCUGCAGAGAGAGUGCAGGGAGGGGCUGGGACCAAAGAGGCCAGAAACCAGCAGAAAGGAGGCAGAAGUGAGGUGGGUGUGCCUGGGGCACAAAGCCAGCACCGGGGAGAUUUCAGUGGAGUCCUACAGCCAGUUUCUGUGCGGACUGUGAUGCCAGAGAGGCGUGCAGCCUCUGGGCAAGUCGGGAGAGGGCUGGGGUGGUCCCCACAAGGGAGAAGAGGUGGAAGGGCCAGAGAAGACCACCAAGACCACCGUUUCCCCAGGCAUGGGGUGAGUGGCCUGACUAUGAGACUAGCGGGCAGAGCCAAGCAGGGCUAAACUCCAACCCAGGGCCCAGUAUUGGACAAAGUAGCUUUUUCUUUGCUCAUUUGUCUGUGUAUUAAGAAGAGACUAAAAUAGCCAGACGACACUGGUCGCACGCUCUGGCUGUGGUCUGUCUGCUGAAUGUCUAUUUUUGUCUCCUGACAAGAGACGUGAGGACCAUGCCCUUGAUCCCUCCAACAGACCAGAAACCCCCUUCCUUGCAAAAAAGGAAAAAAAAAAAGCCAAUUGAAUUAGGAAGAGAUCGCCCAACCUAGCUCAGAUCCACCAAGAUAAGCACAGCAAAGCUCGGCUGCAUUUUUGAGGAAUAAAAACCUUCUGCAGAAAGCACCAAUAACCUUUAAGAUCUGAAUGAGAUUCUAAUAUAACCCGUCUAAACAAUGGCAAAAUUCCUCCUUUGGUUUUGGAAGCAGCGCUUGCUCACACGUGGCUCAGGGAUUCUCUGAGGACCAGGAGUUGACACACAAACCCCGCCAUGGGUCCGAGCCAGCUAUUUCUCAAGGCUCCCACCUCGCCAAGCUCCCAAGGGCCUGCCGGCAGCGCCUACGCUGUGCCAACUACCCUGUCUGGUACAGACCACGGCUGGGUAAGCACCCUCAAAAGCAACAGAAACAACGUCUGGAAGCUGAAAGGCGAAACUGUCGAGAUGGCUCAGGAGAGGAAGGAGCGGACCCACUGGUCUUCGGCAUUUUGUAUUUAGAAUUAUUCUAAUUUUAUACAGAACGUAUAGGCAGAUCUUUUGGAAGGGAUACGGUUUUCAUUCUUGUGCAACUCAUUAUUCUCAUUACUGGCCUUUUAAAUAAAAAGUUGUUUUGCAGGGCGCCUUGA